AUGAUGCGAGUGCAAGGGAUAAGGAAUUUACUGCUAGCGCUGGCCGUGAUCGGCUCGCUGGGCAUCGAUGGCGGCCGGGCGGCCUCUGUGGGCAGGGAGCGGCGCGUGCAGACGAGCGCGACGAGCAUGGGACCCGCGCAGCGCAGUGGCGAGCCACUGUGGCACACCACAUUCGACUCGAACGACGUGUACAUCGAGACGCCGCUCGACGCGCCCCAUCUGCGGCGUGCAGCACUUGCGCUGCUCCAGCAGCAGAAGAAGCAGCAGCAGCAGCAGCAGCAGGCCAAGCAGCUCGCUGCCAACGUCCAUGCCGAGGAGCAGCGUGGCAAGCAGCUGGAGCAGCCCGAGGCGGACUAUGCCGACCUAGCGGAGCUGGCACCGGCCCUGAGGCAGAACCUGUUGCUGGUGAAUGUGCCCGCCGUGGCGGAGAGGGAGUCGCCCAGCCAGCCGGACGAGUCACGUCGCUUCCAUUUCCUCAAAAGGCACAAAUUCGAUGAGAAGAACGGGACGCUGUUUUGGGUGAACAACACCAAUAUCAACAACGCGCCCACCGAGGCCCCCCCUGCAGGCGGCACGCGCUAUGUGGUCCGCGAAAUCGUGCGCACUCCUCAGGUGAUGCCGAUGCCGAUGUCGAUGUCGAUGCCGGUGCAGUACUUCGAGACGCGUCAGGGCCAGCAGCCGGGCCUGGCUCUGCCCUACAAUCUGAUCGACUACGGCUCCGCCCAGAUGUACGACAACGGCGUCAGCAGUGCGAACGUCUUCGCUGGCUACAAUGGCCUCAGUCGUCUCAGUGCUCUCGGCGGUGCUGUGCCCCUGGUGCCCGUCAGCCUGGGCAACAAUGCGGUCGGCUAUGUGCCCCUCAACCUGCGCAUGCUGCGCCAGCUGACAGCAGACGCGGACUCUGGCCCCCUGGCCGUUCGCGAGGGUGAGGACGAUGCGUCGCUAGUCAUGGAUCCCCUCGACUCGGAUCAGCCGAAGAGCACAGCCGACACAGCACUAACCAGCACCGACAUACCCAAAAUGGGCGACGCUCGCUUCCCGCUGCUGGGCCAGCGUCGAAGGCAGCGGCCGGCGCUCGCAGCUGCCACUGAGAGCAGGAAUCCCCUGGCGGCCUUUGCCAAGAACAUUCGCCGCAUCCAGUACCUCUAGGCGUGCGUUCGACCCGACUCCCCAUCCCCCACCCCCACGACUCCCAUCCAAGCUAACUGGC